CCCUUUAUGCGCUCUCUCUCACCAACCUCUAGCUUUCUACCUUACAAAUAUUCGAGGAACGAGGGAUGAGGGGUGAGGGAAUCGCAAAUUGAAGUUCUCUAAUGGCCGGUUCUAUUCGGGGCACCAGCAUUACUUCAAGACCAGCUCGUCUUCUUCGAAAUCAGCCUUCCGGAAUAUCUUUGGACCCCCAAGCUUUCAGAUCCCUCUCUUUCUCCUCCCAUCUUCAUCAUCUCUCCCUCAAAUCUUUAGGGAAGAGGUUACGCGUCCAGACAAUUAGAAUAUCUGCUGUGGUAAGAGCACAGAGCAUCUUCGAGAAUAUGCAGGUUGACAUCUCGUUGAGCCCCAGAGUAAAUUCUGUCAAGCCCUCCAAGACAAUGGCUAUAACCGACCAGGCAACUGCACUUGCACAAGCUGGAGUGCCUGUUAUUCGAUUAGCGGCCGGGGAACCUGAUUUUGAUACCCCAGCUGUAAUUGCGGAGGCAGGAAUUAGAGCAAUCCGUGAAGGUUACACAAGGUACACCCCAAAUGCUGGUACUUUGGAGUUGCGGACAGCAAUUUGUCAUAAGCUCAAAGAGGAGAAUGGGCUGACUUAUACACCUGAGCAGAUUUUGGUUAGUAAUGGGGCCAAGCAGUGUAUCCUGCAAGCUGUGCUUGCAGUUUGUUCUCCAGAUGAUGAGGUUAUAAUUCCAGCUCCAUAUUGGGUAAGCUAUCCAGAAAUGGCAAGGCUGGCUGAUGCAACACCUGUUAUUCUGCCAACGCACAUCGCUGACAAUUUCCUAUUAGACCCAAAGUUUCUAGCAUCCAAACUCACUGAUAAGUCAAGGCUGCUGAUUCUUUGUUCUCCAUCAAAUCCAACUGGAUCUGUUUAUCCAAAGAAACUGCUUGAGGAGAUAGCUGAUAUUGUAGCAAAGCAUCCCAGGCUUCUGGUUUUGUCUGAUGAGAUUUAUGAGCAUAUCAUUUAUGCACCAGAGACACAUACAAGUUUUGCUUCUUUGCCAGGCAUGUGGGAGAGAACUUUAACAGUGAAUGGUUUCUCUAAGGCUUUUGCAAUGACUGGUUGGCGGCUUGGAUAUCUUGCUGGUCCUAGACAUUUUGUUGCAGCAUGUGGGAAAAUCCAGAGCCAGUCAACUUCUGGUGCUAGCAGUAUUUCUCAGAAAGCGGGGGUUGCUGCUUUAGGAUUAGGGUAUGCUGGAGGUGAGGCAGUCUCUACCAUGGUAAAAGCAUUCCAGGAGCGGCGAGAUUUCUUGGUUAAAAGCUUUAAAGAAUUGGAGGGUGUUAAGAUUUCAGAGCCUCAGGGUGCUUUCUAUCUUUUCCUUGAUUUCAGCUCCUACUACGGGGUAGAGGCCGAGGGGUUUGGUGUCAUCAAGGAUUCAGAGUCUCUUUGUCGGUAUCUGCUUGAUGAAGCACAGGUUGCACUUGUCCCUGGAGAUGCAUUUGGAGAUGAUAACUGUAUUCGAAUCUCCUAUGCGGCAUCCCUUUCCACGCUGCAAGCAGCCACAGAGAGAAUCAAGGGGGCGAUGGCCUCACUUAGGCGUGUCAUUCCUGUUUGAUUGGAUUUUUUCUUUUCUUUUCUUUUUUUUUUUUUUGUGGAGUUGAUUCCACAAUUGGAAUGCAUUUAGAAAAUAAGCAGUUAUUAUGUACUAAACUACUAAUUAUGAUUGGAAUGAAUCAGAUAAGUGCGAAAGUCUCUACAUUUUACCUCU